CUCCGCGUCACUCAGCUCGAUCGGAGCAGGUAUAGACACGACAUCGGCGGCGCUACCCAGACUCGCCAUGAAGUUCAUGAUCGACGACCUCCCGGUCCUCUUCCCCUACGACCGGGUGUAUCCCGAACAGUACUCGUACAUGUGUGAUCUGAAGAAGACGCUCGAUGCCGGCGGGCACUGCGUGCUCGAAAUGCCCUCGGGGACAGGCAAGACCGUCUCCCUCCUCAGCCUCAUCGUCUCGUACAUGCAAUUCUACCCGCAAAAGCGCAAGCUCAUCUACUGCUCGCGCACGGUCCCCGAGAUCGAGAAGGCGCUGGCCGAGCUCAAGCGGCUCAUGGAGUAUCGCGAAGAGCAGGGGGCGAACGAGCGCGAGUUCCGCGGCCUCGGGCUGACGUCGCGCAAGAACCUGUGUCUCAACCCCGAGGUGAACAAGCAGAAGAAGGGCAAGGUCGUCGACAGCAUGUGCCGCGACCUCACGUCGUCGUAUGCGUGCGAGCGCGGGCGCGCCGAGCCGGGCAGCGUGCCCCUGUGCAGCUGGCAUGAGGAACUGAACAAUUACGAGACGGGAAACCUCAUCCCGCCCGGGGUGUGGACGCUCGACGACGUCAAGAAGUACGGGCAGGACAAGGGCGUGUGUCCGUACUUCACCAUUCGCCGGAUGAUGCCGUUCGUCGACGUGAUCAUCUACUCGUUUCACUACCUCCUCGAUCCCAAGGUCGCUGAGCAAGUCUCGGCGGAGCUCAGUGCGGAGAGCAUUGUCGUGUUUGACGAAGCGCACAAUAUUGAUAACGUCUGUAUUGAGUCGCUGUCUAUCGACCUCACGCGGCCAAUGCUCGAGUCGGCGGCACGCAGUGUCGCCAAGAUCGGCGACAAGGUCGACGAAAUCAAGAAGACGGAUGCGGCCAAGUUGCAGGAGGAGUACGACAAGCUGGUCGAGGGACUGCGCUCCUCCAACGACCGGCACGAUCCCGAGGACGAUAUGCUCGCAAAUCCCGUGCUCACCGACGACAUGAUCCAGGGCGCCAUCCCCGGCAACAUCCGCAAGGCGGAGCACUUUAUCGCCUUCCUCAAGCGCUUCAUCGAGUAUUUGAAGACGCGCAUGCGCGUCCUUCACGUCGUCGCCGAGACACCGGUGUCCUUCCUGGCUCAUUUGAAGGAGAUCACGUUCAUCGAGAAGCGGCCGCUGCAGUUUUGCGCUGAGCGCCUCACAAACCUCAUCCGUACACUCGAGCUCACCAACAUCGAGGAGCACGCAGCGUUGCAGAAGAUUGCCUCGUUUGGGACUCUGGUGUCAACGUACGAGAAGGGCUUCUUGCUCAUCCUCGAGCCGUACGAGACAGAGCACGCCACCGUUCCCAACCCCAUCUUCCGCUUCACCUGCCUUGACCCCUCUCUCGCCAUUGCCCCCAUCUUCGAACGUUUCGGGAGCGUCAUCAUUACAUCAGGAACAAUCUCUCCACUCGACAUGUACCCCAAGAUCCUACAGUUCCAGCCCGUUAUCCAGGAAUCAUACCCGAUGACGCUCACGCGCAACGCCUUCUUGCCGAUGGUCAUCACGCGUGGCUCAGACCAAGUGCCCAUCUCAUCGCGCUUCGAGGUCCGUAACGACCCGGCGGUGGUGCGCAACUUUGGGAGUAUCCUCAUCGAGUUGUCCAAGACGGUACCGGACGGCGUCGUCGCCUUCUUCCCGUCCUACCUCUACAUGGAGUCGAUCGUGAGCGCGUGGUACGACAUGGGUAUUCUCAGCGAGGUUUGGAAGCACAAGCUGCUGUUCGUCGAGACGCCAGAUGCCAUGGAAACGUCCAUUGCGCUCAAGAAUUAUCGCGAGGCAUGCAACAACGGGCGCGGAGCUGUGCUGCUCUCCGUUGCGCGAGGAAAAGUGUCUGAAGGUAUCGACUUCGAUCACAACUACGGCCGCGCCGUCAUCAUGUUCGGCAUUCCGUACCAGUACACGGAAAGCCGUAUCCUGAAGGCUCGCCUCGAGUUCCUGCGCGACAACCACAGGGUGCGCGAGAACGACUAUCUCACUUUCGACGCCAUGCGUCACGCCGCGCAAUGUGUCGGGCGUGUCCUGCGCGGAAAGACUGACUGGGGUCUCAUGGUUUUCGCUGACAAGCGUUUCGCGCGCCAAGACAAGCGAUCCAAGCUGCCGCGCUGGAUCAACCAGUAUAUCACGGACGCGCACUCGAACCUGUCGACCGACAUGGCCGUGGUGCUCGCCAAGAAGUUUAUUCGCCAGAUCUCGCAGCCGUUCGACCACACACAGACGGGCAUCUCACUCUGGACGCUGGAGGACAUCGAAGAGCGCCAGCGGCAGGACAAGGAGGAGGCGGAGCGCGCGGGCGCCGAGAUCGACCGCGCGUUCGGGCCGCAGGUGAACGGCCGCGUCGACGACGCCGAUGUGGAAAUGGACCAGCACUUCGAAAUUGACGACGCGGUGCUGGCUGAGGUGGACUGGCCGGAGGAUGUGUGAGGGAGAAGACGAUCUGUUGUAGCCAUAGCCGCGCCACUAUCCUGCUGAUAUCUAUGCAUUGCUAACCGAUUU